ACAAACACCGCAAACUGAACCAGGAGUUUUCCUCUUAGGUGCUACCUAGUAAUAUAGGUGCAUCAGCCUAAAUUAUUAGAACUGUUUGGCUUCGGCGGUGGUGUGCGCUGAUGGCAGAAUUGAGAAAGUGAGCAUCCAUCAGUCCCAACAAACUUUCUAGUCAAAUCGUGGAUGUAAAACACUCGUUUUUAUGAAGCAGGUAAAUUCGGAGGCGUGCCAUUUAUGCCUGGUAUAGUUCAGGCAGAUUUCAUUGGUUUGUCUGACAUCGUGGUGAGGGGCGGUGGGUUGGCUAUGCAGCCCCAAUUGCUUAGCUUGCACAGUUUUCCGGUGGCGUUUCGCUCGCGGGAAGGGGUGCCGUUUGAUCCUAGAAAACAAAUAAAGACCCUUGUAUAGUCAAACUCAAGAAGAAUAGGCAAGCGACUACAGCACGAUAAAAACGGCUUAGUCUAAUAGUGUGCGAUGCGACAUGAUGCAACUCUUAUCGGGAGUUGUUGUCUAGCUCAUCCUCCCUCACGGUAAACUAAGUGACAGGUGAGGGACUAGUAAACACGCAGCGAUAGACGAACAGUGGCAGGUAGUUUUGCGUUGUAGGACACCGAGAUCGCGUCACGCAGAUAGACGUUUCACGCACAUGACACGGUUUGUGUCAUAAUACUACAGUUUUAUACAUCAGUUACCUGUUAUUAUUUGUCUCCACCGGUAACCCUGUGUUCUGGGGAAGAGCAAUAACAACAACAACAACAAAAACAACACAAAAACUGAUCUCACAGGUCAUUGGUAAAUGCCAAACAUAUGUGAGUUGGCCGACACAGCCAUCCGUGUAUACUGUGCGCUAUCUAAUCACAACGGUCGUAAAAAGCCGGUUACAAUCUAGAGCAACGGUUUUGCGCACCAGAGCCAAUUUCUUUCUGGAGUUGUCAUUCACGGACACUACCGAAGACCACCAUGGAGUCAAAUGACAGCUCUUCUUCUUGUGAACUUAUGAGUCGGUAUGUUUCGACCGAAACUGGAUUUGGGGUUCCAAAGGAGGGAUGGCGGAUUUGUCUGGCACACGAGUUUAAGGAGAAGAGGAAGCCGUUUCAAGCCAAAGAUGUGUCACUGUCCAAUAUGAUGGAGCACGUUGGUCUUGGUAUCAGGUAUCUUAAAUGGUGGUAUAAGAAGACCCAGGUUGAAAAGAAAGCUCCUUUUAUUGAUAUGUUCCGAGCUCUGCCCCUUAAACAAAUCUACGGUGCUCCACUGGGAGGUAUCGGGGGAGGUACCAUUACUCGAGGUUGGAGGGGGGAGUUCUGCAGAUGGCAGCUUAACCCAGGGAUGUACCACUAUAAGACCGUCAUCGCAAACCAGUUUACAGUGUGCUUGCGUCGGGGGGGUCAAACCGUGUACCAGCAGGUGUUGUCCGUGGAGCGCCCCCCGACCCUUCAGGGUUGGAACUGGGGUUUCUGUGGGUCGUACGCUUUCUACCACGCCCUGUACCCCCGCGCCUGGACCGUUUACCACUUGCCCGGCCAGAACGUCACGCUCACCUGCAGGCAGGUGUCACCUGUCAUCCCGCACGACUACCAGGACUCCAGUCUUCCCGUGGCUGUGUUCGUGUGGGACAUCGAGAACAAAAACGAUUACGCUCUGGACGUGUCGAUCAUGUUUACGAUGCUGAACGGCUCGGGGCACAAGGACGACAAGAGCGGCGGUCACUGGAACGAGACGUUUCGCUUAGAGAAGGAGGGAGAGUCGGCGUCUGGAGUCUUACUUCACCACUGCACCCCAGUCAAUCCCUACACCCUGUGCAUAGCCGCACGAGAGCAGUCCGACAGGGAGAUCAGUCAUCAGACUGCGUUUAGCCCCAAAGGAACUUGCACCUCGGUGUGGAAUGACCUCAUCUCUGAUGGGCGACUGGACUCCCCGACAGGCUCCAGUCCUCCGACGCAGAAGGGCGAGAAGGUGGCGGCUGCCCUGGCAGUAGGCUGCCCAGUGCCGGCGAUGGGCCACAGCAGCGUCGAGUUCAGCCUGGCAUGGGACAUGCCCAAAAUGACCUUUGGCUCUGGAGAAAGGGUCCAUACAAGGAGAUACACCCGUUACUAUGGCAGCAAAGGAGACGCAGCCCCAUCGAUUUCUCACUACGCACUUACGCACUACAGAGAGUGGGAGAGGAGGAUUGAGGAGUGGCAGAGGCCCAUUCUAAAGGACAGUUCUCUUCCGUCCUGGUACAAAUCAGCCCUGUUUAAUGAACUCUACUUUGUUGUGGAUGGUGGGACUGUGUGGGUGGAGAUUCCGGAGGACGAUGACAUCACCGGGGGACUCCGCCCUGAGGAUGGGGGUCUCCCCGCCCAGCCCCAUGUCGUCAGAGAAUACGGCCGUUUCGCGUAUUUAGAAGGUCAGGAGUACAGGAUGUACAACACGUAUGACGUGCACUUCUACGCCUCGUUCGCCCUGAUCAUGCUCUGGCCGAAACUGGCCCUCAGCCUGCAGUACGACAUCGCGGGCAGUAUCGUGCAACACGACCCGACGCAGAGGCUGCACUUGAUGAGCGGCCGUCACUCCUCGGUCAAGACCCGUAACGUCGUCCCUCACGACAUCGGAGACCCAGACGAUGAACCCUGGCUUCGUGUGAACGCUUAUCUGAUCCACGACACCGCUGACUGGAAGGAUCUUAACCUUAAGUUUGUCCUGCAUGUCUAUCGUGACUACCAUCUGACCGGAGACAAACAGUACUUGCAGGAUAUGUGGCCCAUUUGCCAGGCAGUGAUGGAGUCAGAGUUGAGGUUUGACUUGGAUGGUGAUGGUCUGAUUGAGAACUCGGGUUUUGCUGAUCAGACUUAUGAUGGAUGGACAGUCACAGGACCAAGUGCAUACUGUGGCGGUCUGUGGCUGGCCUCUGUCUGUGUGAUGUGUAGAAUGGCUCGUCUGCUCAACAGUGAGGCUGUGUACCAACGCUAUAGAGACAUCUUGGACAGAGGCAGUGCUGCCUUUGACAAACUGCUGUGGAACGGGAAAUACUAUAACUACGACAGCAGUGGGCGAGACCUGUCCAAUAGUGUCAUGUCUGACCAGUGUGCAGGCCACUGGUUCCUCAAAGCGUCCGGACUGGGAGAUGGAGAGUUCGAGGUCUUUCCAAAGGAGAAGAUCCACAAAGCUCUGAGGUCGGUUUACGACUUGAAUGUCUUGGGCUUUGCCGGCGGACAGAUGGGCGCGGUGAAUGGGAUGAGGCCGGAAGGCGUCCCUGACAGGUCGAGCGUCCAGUCGGACGAAGUGUGGAUCGGCGUGGUGUACGGCCUGGCCGCCACCAUGAUCCACGAGGGCAUGGUGGAAGAGGGUUUUAAGACUGCAGAGGGCUGUUACAGGACAGUGUGGGAGCGUUUGGGGAUGGCGUUCCAGACGCCUGAGGCAUACUGUGAAAAGGGCAUUUACCGUUCCCUCGCCUACAUGAGACCGCUCAGCAUCUGGGCAAUGCAGCUAGCGCUCGACAAUCGCCGCGACGAGAGCCGAGGCACCGAGGAAGGCAGCGUGAGAUCCUGAAGACAGAGGCUCGACUCGUCCAAGAGGACCCCCCACUGAACAACCACUCUCUGACAUCAUCAAACAAGCAAAACCACGCCCUUUACUGGCCCAUCUGUGACCUCAGUCUGGAUACACACGAUGUUGUUUCUGUGCAUGUCCAAACACAAACACACACACAAAGCCCACACACUAACACGCACACAAACACACACACACAAAGCCCACACACAUCAUUUCAUUCAGACUCAAAUAUAUUUGUAAUGCUGAUGUUCUUUGAGGUUGUAUGUGUGUUUACUGGCAACCUAAUGUAGCUGCUAUUAUCGUAGAUACCUGUGUAAGUAUACUUACAUUUCGAGUACUUGCCUUGACAGAUCUCCAGUUUGCGGCAAUCAAAUUACGACUGAAAUUCUGUAGAUCGUUUUUAAAACGCGUGGGACUGAAAGGAGUCAGUAACUACAGUUAACCUUGAACGACUUAUACUGUAGAAACAUGGUAUGCUCAUUGUUUAUA